UCGGAUUCGUGAAACGUAACGAAACGGUUUGAGAAAAAUCGAUAUCCUCUCGCGAUUCGAAUCGCGUAUAUAUAUAUAUAUAUAUCAUCGAGACGCGGAUUAAAUUAAAAUUGACUCGAAAUAUCGACAUAUCGCGCGUCGCAAAGGAAAAAGUAGCGAAAAGUGCUUAGUCAAACGUAAUGCGUAAUCAAGAAUAUUGGCUCUCGUAUCGUAUACGUUUGCUUUGCCGAUACCGUUCUAUCAUUCUAUCUUCGAUCCAUCAAAUCUCUCCAUACAUUCUUCUUCCUCGUAACAUUCGUUCCUUUUCGUUAGAUAUUUUCUAGCUAUUAUAAUAAUAUAAGGGAGAAACGUGAUAAUAUACUAUUGUCUGUGUAUACGCAUGCAGAACGUGCAAGUUGAAAAAUAAGAGUGGGAGAAACUCUUUUCGGUGAUGGACUAUAAAACCACGAUCGAUCGAUCGAAGGAUCGUAGUGUCUUUUUUGCGAUUUACUUUGUUGCUUUGUGACGACAACUACCUGACCUAACUCGUGCACACUUGUUCGGUUGUUUAAUAAACAUAAUGACUUCCCGUAUGACGAAAAGGGUGUCGAUCGUCUCCAUCUCGGAACGGAUACAGACACCGGUCUCUAAACCUAAAGCAUCGUACGGAUGUAGACACACGCAGGGCAUUUUGAUGGCUUUGGGUUUCUUCUGUUGCUAUGCCAUUAGGGUGACCACAUCGGUGACGCUAGAAGCUAUGACCAAUGCUUCCACUGCAAAUCCUGCUUUUCCACAAUUUUCAUGGGACGAAAAGAUCAAGGAUGUGAUUCAAAGUUCCUUUUUUUGGGGAUAUGUGUGCACGCAAAUCAUUGGCAGCAUAGUGGCGCAACGUUGGGGAGCUCAUAAACUUUUCUCACUGGCACAAUUCGCGUGCGGUUUCGUAACGCUCUUAAUUCCCGUGCUUGCCGAAAACGCGGGAUGGGAAGCGUUCUGCGUUACCAGAGUGAUCGCCGGUAUAUUUCAAGGCACCGUUCUUCCAUGCCUUCACGCGUUGCUCUCAAAAUGGGCGCCUAUGGAAGAAAGAGGAAGAAUAUCGACAUUCGUGUAUGCCGGAGGUUGGAUCGGAAAUGUAACUUGUUUACUGAGUACGGGUCUAUUGGCUGCUUCUCCUUGGGGAUGGCCCAGUUGUUUUUACGUUUGGGGCAGCAUAACUAUCCUUUCCAGUCUUUUGUUCUUCUUCAUCGGUUACGAGUCACCGGCCGAACAUCCAAAUAUACCUCAAGAUGAAAAACAAUAUAUCGAGAGUAGUCUUGGAAUGAUUGAAACGGAAGAAAAAUUAUCGACUCCUUGGAUCAAAAUACUUAGUAGUCGUCCAAUGUGGGCAUUAAUGGUUACUCAAUCUGCUCACACUUGGGGUUUCUGGAUGCUUUUAACGAAAAUCCCAUCGUAUUUUCAAGCUGUGUUUAAGGUUAACAUUAAAGAAAACGGUCUUAUGAGCGCACUACCAUACUUCACAGCCUGGCUAUUUAGUUUCCCGAUUAGCUUUAUUUCGGAUCUACUUAUCAAGCGAAAUAUCCUCACUGUUCAAGCAUCGAGAAAGAUUUGUAACACGUUCGGUGAAUGGGUACCAGCGAUCGCAUUAAUAGGUCUUGGAUAUGUUGACAAAGAACACUCUGAAAUAGCAGUGGCAAUUUUGGUAAUUGCCGUUACUAGCAAUGUUGCUAUUUAUUGUGGACACAACGUCAAUCAUAUGGAUCUUAGUCCAAAUUUUGCCGGACCAUUGAUGGGUAUCAUAAAUACCGUAGCGAAUAUUUGUAGUAUUUUGGCUCCAUUAAUCGUCGGUGUUAUCGUUCAUGACAAGACUGAUGUUGAAGAAUGGAGAAAUGUAUUCUUUUUAACAAGUUUAAUAUAUUUCGUUGGAAAUUUAAUUUUUAUCAUGUUUGGUACAAGUAAAAUUCAAGCAUGGAAUGAUCCUGUAAAAAAAGACAAAGAUAUCGCUAUGAAUUCUACGAACGAAUCAUCGGUGGAGAAUGGAAAUGUACAAAAAACCAAAGAAUAUUGAAAAGAUGGUUUUUUAUAGAAAAAGAAUCGUGACGAUGUUAUCACGAUGCUGGACAGUAUAAAUAUUUAUCAUAACUACUAAUAAAAUGUAUUAUAAAUGCUGUGAUCGAACAAUUCAAUAUCAUCAUUUUCAUUAUUUUAUUUGUGAAUACAUACGAAAAAUGUAUCAUUAUUUUAUUUGUAAAUGCAUGAUUUUUAAAUGUGCAUUGUAUAUAAAUAUUUAUGUUAUAUAUAAAUAUCAUAUUUAAUAUUUAUUAAAUUAAAGAACAAUACGUAUGAACGUAUUUAUGCAAAUUUAGAAAAAUUUGUUACUAUAAAAGUACAAAUGAACGUAAUACAUCAACUUAUUUAAUUAAGAUAUGUUAUUCUUUUUUAAGAUGUUGUCUAGGCAUAGAUUUCCAAAUUGUAUGUAUAAGGAAUAUUGUACAUAAUAUUGUUAAUAACAAUGUUGUAUAAGUUACCAGAGGUAACAUGGUUGUUUCACCAAUCGGAAUUGUCCAUUCAUUUUCCAUAUCCUGUAAAAAGAUUAAAAAUUUCAACAAAUUUCUAUUUAUAAAGUUACAUAAAUAAAAUAUAUUUUUGAUAUCUUUA